AGUUUUCGAAACCCUAAUUUUGCCUGUCGUCCUUGAGUUCGUGGCCUCUUCUCUUGAAUCUUGCUGCCUGUCCCUAGCCUCGGUCGGUUGCGGAUCAACCUUCUCGUAGCUUAAUCUUGUGGUCGUGUCUCGUCCGUUCACUUUCUUUGUUUCGUGUUAGGGGUUUCAUUGAUCACUUCUGUUUAUAGUAAAAAGAGUAACCGUAGGCAUGGCUCAUCGGUUGUUGAGAGACGAGGACGCGGACGGCUGGGAGCGCAGCGACUUCCCGAUUAUCUGCGAGACUUGCCUCGGAGCGAAUCCUUACGUUCGCAUGACCAAGGCGAGUUUCGACAAGGAGUGCAAGAUCUGCACGCGGCCCUUCACCGUCUUCCGAUGGCGGCCCGGCCGCGACGCGCGCUACAAGAAAACCGAGAUCUGCCAGACGUGCUGCAAGCUCAAGAACGUGUGCCAGGUGUGCAUGUUGGAUCUGGAGUACGGGCUGCCGGUGCAGGUGCGGGACUCGGCGCUCAACAUCAGCACCACGGACGCCAUCCCUCAGAGCGACGUCAACCGCGAGUACUUCGCGGAGGAGCACGACCGCAAGGGUCGAGCGGGGCUGGACUACGAGUCGUCGUUCGGCAAGGCGCAGCCGAACGACCUCCUACUGAAGCUGCAGCGCACGACGCCGUACUACAAGCGCAACCGCGCGCACAUCUGCUCCUUCUUCGUCCGCGGGGAGUGCACGCGCGGGGCGGAGUGCCCCUACCGCCACGAGAUGCCCAUUACUGGGGAGCUGGCGCACCAGAACUUCAAGGACCGCUACUACGGUGUGAACGACCCCGUGGCGAAGAAGAUGAUGCGGCUGGCGGCGGAGAUGCCGUCGCUGGAAGCACCCGAGGACACGAGCAUCAAGACGCUGUGGGUGGGGGGUGUGGACUCGCGGAUUACCGAGGAAGACCUCAAGGACAAGUUUUACGCCUAUGGCGAGAUCGAGUCGAUUCGUCUCAUCACCCCCCGCAGCUGCGCUUUUAUCACAUACACAACGAGGGAGGAUGCAGAGAAGGCGACGGAGGGCCUAGCUAACAAGCUCAUCGUGAAGGGGAUCCGGCUGAGGCUCGACUGGGGCCGGCCGAAGCAAGAGGGAAUAGAAGGGGGAGAAGAGGCGGGAGGAAGGAAGCUGCUAGAAGGGGGAGAGGGGGAGCGGGUGGCGGGGAAGGGGGAGGAGGAGGCGGAGGAGGAGGAGGAGGAGAGGGGGAAGGUGGUGUGGAGGGUGGUGCAGGGGGCGCUGAUGGUGCUGGGGGAAGUGGUACAGGAGAGGGCGUGGCUGGGGCUGGCUUCGGGAUCUUGCCUCGGAGUGGGGUAGGUUUGACGGUAGGUCCGGCGACGUCUGCAUCGAUGUACCCAUCUAUGAAUCCUGAGAGGAUGGGGGCGCGCACACGGAACAGGGAAGGGGGGGAGGGAGGAGGUGGGGGAGGAGGAGGAGGGGGAGGGGGGGGCGGUGGUGGUGGUAGCAGUGGUGCUGGCAGCGGCGAUGCUGCUGCUGCUGCUGCUGCUGCUGCAUCUGUUGCUCCCGCAUACCAAUACCCACCGCAUGCUUACCCCCCUCCUGGCCAUGCCGCCUAUCCCGCCACCUCCCCUCCCCAGCCUUACCAACCUCCCCCAGGCAUGCCGGCUCCAGGCGCCCCUCCCCUUCAUCCAGGGGCCUACCAGCACCAGCAGGGGCCAUACCCCGAUUCCUACCCCCCUCCCAUGGGUUACCCCCAGCAGCAGCAGCAGCAGCAGCAACAGCACUAUCAGCAGCAGCAACACUAUCAGCAGCAGCCGCAGCAGUAUCAACAGCCCCCAUACAUGCCGCCCCCCUCCCAGUAUGCUCCACAGCAAGGCCCUCCACCCCCAUACCCAGGUGGUCCGUCAGGUGCUCCGCAACAAUACCCAGGUGGUCCUCAGCUGUUCCCAGGUGCUCAACAACAGUACCCAGGUGGUCCUUCAGGUGGUUCGCAACAGUACCCAGGUGUCCCGCCAGGUGCACAGCAGCAAUACCCCGGACCUCCUCCGCAGCAGCCCUACCCUCCCCAACAGUACCCUGGGCCCGGGCCAGCAGGUCCGGGGCAAUACGGUCCUCCCAGGCCUGGUGCCGGGCCUCAGGGUUAGGCUUGCAGAAGGGUGCAGAGCAGUCGGCUGUGGCGGACAAGGGUUGUGCGAGCAAUUCACGUUUUUCUCAGCUCCCCCUGAGCCGUGCCUGCAGCUGAGAAGGGUUGUACUCUGCUUCACUACCCUUUUUGGCCGCUGAUAUGGUCUGAUCCGGUGGUGGGGCACACUGCAUGUGCUUGUAGCGAGGCAGCAUGUCGAUUGAGAGGUGUGUGUGCAUUCCGUGUGACUCCUCAGCUGGGUUCCGUGCUGUGCAAGGGACCAGCUUCGGAUUUGAGGCGUCAGCGUGGGACACCAUGUAUACUGUUGUUAACGCAGAGUUGGUUUGAGGAAGGUCCUGCAGUGCAGCAGGCAUGGUGCCUGCCUGCCUGUUACAGGUGCAGCAGUCGGGAUGGCUCUUUGUAUCAUCGGACGGUUUUACUUUCAUCUGAGAUCAUGUCUCAUCUAGAAGGAUUCAGAGCAGUGUCUCUGUUUUGGAUACCGACUUCAACAGGGAGGAAC